AAAAUAGAAGAAAUGAAGAAUGGAAAAGGAUGGAGGAGAGCAGGUAAAUAGUCUUUUUGAGGGGCAUAAUUUUUCCCCCUAUCUUCAACCUCACAGACGAUCAUCAACCGGGAUUCCAAAAUCAACACCCUUUCUUUUUAAUCAUCGUGAUUUUCGCCUUUCCACAAACGAUUUCUGCAAAUCCAACGUCUCCAAACUUUUCCCUUUCCCGUGUGCUGUUAAACUCUGUAUGAUUCCCCCCACUCUCUUGCCGUCGUCUCUCCGUGUCACAGCAGCAUCUUCUCCUUUGUUUCUGCCUCUCUCUGAAAAUCCUACUUCAUUCUCUUCUUUUAUAGUUUUCUCGCCGUAGAUCUCUCUGCUGUGUCUCUUCUUCUCUGCUGCUAUCAGAUCCGGGGGGGAGGGGGAGGGGGGAGAGGAGGUCCUGCGCUGUCAGAUGUUUCGGCUUUGACUUGUUGUUGUGAUUGGGUGCGGCUCCGGUGCUGGGUGUUACGAUGGGACAGUGUUAUGGCAAGGCUAAUCUGAGGACUGUGGAUGAUGGAACGGAGUCUAAUGUAUCUAACUUGGUGGUUUCUGUUGAUCAGGAGCGGGUUCAGCUACCUCCGGGAACUCCGGGUAAUGGAGCUGUUGGAUUACCGUCGGUGAAGAAUACACCGGGUAGGUCUUCUGAUCCGAGUCCUUGGCCUAGUCCAUACCCUCGUGGUGCGGCGGCUAGUCCGUUGCCGGCGGGAGUUUCGCCUUCUCCGGCCAGGGCGUCUACUCCGAGGAGGUUUUUUAGACGGCCAUUCCCUCCGCCGUCUCCGGCGAAGCAUAUAAAGGAGUCGUUAGCGAAGCGGCUUGGAGCUAAGCCUAAGGAGAGGCCAAUCCCGGAGGAGCACGGGGCUGAGCCGGAGCAGGCGCUGGACAAGAGCUUCGGAUACAAUAAGAAUUUUGGCGCCAAGUACGAGCUUGGGAAGGAGAUUGGGAGGGGGCAUUUUGGUCAUACUUGCUCUGCCAGAGGCAAGAAGGGUGAGCUUAAGGACCGUCCUGUUGCUGUGAAGAUCAUCUCCAAAGCUAAGAUGACCACAGCUAUAGCAAUUGAAGAUGUUCGUAGGGAGGUGAAAAUAUUGAGAGCACUAUCAGGGCAUAAGCAUCUGGUUAAAUUUUAUGACGCAUGUGAGGACGCCAAUAAUGUGUACAUAAUUAUGGAAUUGUGUGAGGGUGGGGAGCUGUUAGACAGGAUUUUAGCAAGAGGAGGAAGGUACACAGAAGAAGAUGCAAAAGCUAUAGUUGUACAAAUUCUAAGUGUGGUUUCAUUUUGUCAUCUUCAAGGUGUUGUGCAUCGGGAUUUAAAGCCAGAGAAUUUCCUUUUUACUACUGGUGGUGAAGAUGCUGAUAUGAAGCUUAUUGAUUUUGGUCUUUCUGACCUCAUUAGACCAGAUGACCGACUCAAUGAUAUUGUUGGAAGUGCUUACUAUGUUGCCCCGGAGGUCCUGCAUAGAUCUUACAGUCUGGAAGCAGAUAUAUGGAGCAUUGGUGUCAUCUGCUAUAUCUUGUUAUGUGGAAGUCGGCCUUUCUGGGCACGAACAGAAUCUGGAAUUUUCCGUGCUGUGCUAAGAUCUGAUCCCAAUUUUGAUGAUCUACCUUGGCCUUCUGUCACUCCAGAGGCCAAGGACUUUGUGAAGAGACUCCUAAACAAGGACUACAGAAAAAGAAUGACUGCUGUUCAAGCUCUAACUCACCCGUGGUUGCGGGAUGACAGUCGUCAAAUUCCUUUGGAUAUAUUGAUAUAUAAGUUAGUUAAGUCAUACCUCCAUGCAACACCAUUCAAACGGGCAGCCCUAAAGGCUCUCUCAAAAGCCUUGACUGAGGAUGAGCUGGUUUAUCUAAGGGAACAGUUCAGACUGUUGGAACCAAAUAGAGAUGGGACAGUUUCUCUUGAUAAUUUUAGAAAGGCUAUUGUGAAAAAUGCUACCGAUGCCAUGAUGGAAUCAAGGGGUCCUGAUGUUCUCAAUGCGAUGGAAUCAUUGGCUUAUAGGAAGAUGUCCUAUGAAGAGUUUUGUGCAGCUGCAAUUAGCACACAUCAAUUGGAGGCUCUUGAAGAGUGGGAGCAGAUUGCCUCCACUGCUUUCGAGCAUUUUGAACAGGAAGGCAAUCGAUUUAUCUCAAUAGAAGAGUUGGCACGGGAGUUGAAUGUUGGCCCUUCAGCUUAUACGUUACUCAGGGAUUGGAUCAGAAAUUCUGAUGGAAAGCUAAGUUUACUAGGAUAUACAAAAUUCUUACAUGGUGUGACGCUUCGUAGCUCAAAUACAAGACAUCGUUAGCCUUGAUAUAUGGUUUCCCAAAAUUUCAUGGGUAAUUGGAAGAGAUUGUGAUUUUUUCCUCAUUUUUUUUUAACUGAUUUUUAUCCCAGGGGUGGGGUACAGAAAAUUGUGCAUAGAUGAAUGUGUUAGAGAUAUUCUUCAGGAAAAUUUACAGUAAAAAUUUCUCAGUGCGCACAUCCCAGUUGUGUCUCAUUGUCAUUGGAUUUGAGCUCAAUUGCUAAGAUAAAAAAAAGGGUUUGUU